CCUUACUUCAUUCUCCAUAUCAGGCCUUUGCUCCGCCACAACUACAACCCCAUUCUCAACCUACACCACAUCCUCUACUACUCCUUCCUCUACUUUAUCUUUCCGCACCCAUCUCUUAUUGCUCCUAGCCAACCUAUCACAAUCAUGCUCAAAUACUUGACUAUGACUACAUAUCAAAGGCAAGUUACAUAACUCCACCUCAAUUUCAAAUGGCGGAUCAUCAUCUGGAUAAAGUUUGAUACGACAAGGAUAUUCAUAAUCAAAUCUUUUUAAUCUUGACUCUUAAUAUAGCAUUUGGUUUCACAUGAUUUUGUAAAAUAAAUACAUGUUUGUUCAAUCUUAUUUGAGGUAGGUCUCAUGACAAAAUCCUAUGAAAUCAUUGAAUCCUCCUUAACCUAUCCCCGAAUUCUGAAGCAAUCGCUGCCAUUUGCCAGUCUCUUAGUCGCAUUCAUCGAACAUCCUAUCUUAUUGUUACAUGACAAACACACAUUUUGUUUAAUACAACAAAUGUAACACCUUGGGCGAAUCCCACAUCGACAAAGCACGGUAGGGAUCCAUAGUUCAUAAGUAUGAAACCGACGCUAGCUCACAAUACGCAUUCUGAGGUGAAAUUGAGGAGUUCUUGUGAGAACUUCGAAGUUAAAUGUGAUGAGUGUGGGACACUAUGAGGAUGGAUGACCUUAUUGGAAGUCACUUUGAUAUGCACCACAAGGCAAAAUAUGUGAGGGUCUGGGCACAAAGCAGACAAUAUCUUGUCGUGAAAAGGUUUGGGAUGUUACAAGUGGUAUCAGAACCUUUCCGCGUCUCUCUUGAACGAUGGUGAGGCAAACCUCAACGUGCUCGUUGUAGAGCACUGCAAGGAUGGGUGACCUUAUGAGAAGUCACUUUGUUAUGUACUCCAAGGCCAAUGAGGAUCUGGAUCCAAAGCCAACAAUAUCUUGUUUGAAAAUUUUUUGAAAUUUUACAAGAAUGUAAUCUCAUUAAUUUUAAUUUUACAAGAAUGUAAUCUUAAUCAAUACUCCCAAGGUUGCAAACGAAGAAGGCGCUUUAUCUCUAGCAUGUUCUAUUCUUAAGACUGAAAUAUAUAGUUUUGGUGUGUUCUGGUAGGGAAGCAGGUGGUGCCAAAUUUGGAGCAAGAACCUGACCACUAAUAUCGGCGUAAUCGGAUCAGUAGGACAAACUAAUAUCGUCUCGCUCGCAGCUGCGCCAAUUCUACCGUCGAUAAUGGCGAGGUAACUACUGCGCCUUUCCUCGUGCCUUACGUAGACCAUGAUAAAUCCCGCCCCACCUUAUUCCUCUCCCUGCCUCGUCCCCAGCCUCAGGUCUCUCUCACUGCCACUCUCUCUAUCUUCUGUUUGGUUCCAGGGAAAAUUUCUGGGUAUUCUAUCUUUGUUUUCAGUUCCUGGUUUUGGGAAACAAUGUCGACUGGGUUGGUUUUGAUUUGUGUUGGGAAAUCGUCAAAAUCUUGAAAUUGAACUUCUGAUUACUGCUACUGUUCAUUUGUUCUGCUUUAGGAGAAGUCUCUGAUUGUCCAUUGUCAAUCACUUGUUAAUCAUUCUUUGAAAUACUGAUUACAGGUAAUUUGUGGGUGCUCGAGUUAGUGAGCUUCUUCGUUAACCAGAUAUCCGAAAAAUGGGGAGCGCCUCGUCUAUGCUAACUCAAUAUGAUAUAGAAGAAGUUCAGGAGCAUUGUCACAACCUCUUCUCCCAACAAGAAAUAGUGUCAUUGUAUCAAAGAUUCUGCCAACUGGAUCGCAAUGCGAAAGGAUUUAUCUCGGCGGAUGAAUUCUUAUCGGUGCCUGAGUUUGCCAUGAAUCCACUUUCUCAGCGCCUGCUCAAAAUGGUGGACGGCUUGAACUUUAAGGACUUUGUAGCUUUCUUAUCCGCAUUUAGUUCGAAAGCAACUACAGAACAGAAAAUAGCUUUGAUUUUCAAAGUAUAUGACUCCGAUGGAAAUGGAAAAGUCUCUUUCAACGACAUACUAAACGUUCUUCGUGAUUUAUCUGGUUCAUUCAUAUCAGAUGAGCAAAGAGAGCAAGUCCUGACUCAAGUUCUAAAAGAGGCAGGUUACACAAAGGAAUGUUACCUCUUGCUAGAUGACUUCAUUAAGGUAUUUGGGAAUUCAGGCUUAAAAAUGGAGGUUGAGGUUCCAGUUGAUUAAGCGAAAAGCGAGCUCACCAUUCUAACUCGUCGCUCCCGGGACCAAACAAGAUCGCGUAGUAUAUCUGUAGAUUGGAAGGAAAGGCCACACAGUUCUUUUUUCGCUUAUGUGUUUAUAGAUAUAGACAGCAAAUGAAAGUACACAAAUAAAUGCUCUUAGCUUCUUCCUCCUCUUUUCUGUGUACAGUCUUCCUUUUAUUCUUUUACCAUCGUACUAUUCAAGUUAGCCGAAGUUUUGGAUUUUGGCAGUAAAUUGAAUCAAGGAAU